GUCAGCUGACCCAAACUUUCAGGGACACCGCAAAGUGAAGUCGGUAUUUCAGUAUGAACACCGCCCUGAAACACUGGAAGGAGGCGGCUACUCUCAUUGUAGUUGCGGGACACAAAGCGGGGUUGGACGGCUUACCGUCGCGGAGCCCGCUGGUGGCCGCCUCAGCCGCACCGCAGGUCGGGGACAGACGGGCACGCCUGCCGCACGCCUCCUGGUUCGACUACCGCGUUCUAAUGCUGAAAAGAAGCGGCAAAAGCGGGUUUAUGCCCAAUGCGUAUGUGUUUCCUGGCGGCAUGUUGGACUCCUCCGACUUUUCCAGUGACUGGUUAGAGAUCUUUAAAUCUGUUAGGAGCUCUCCCGGUUUCGGGUUGAGAAGUGUCAAGCAGCCGAGAGAAACCAGACCCCCCAUUUUUGCCACUGACCGACUGAAACUGGGGUCCCCCAUCCCCGGGGAUGUGGCCCUCCGCAUCUGCGCCCUGAGGGAAACUUUCGAGGAGUCGGGUGUGCUGCUGGUUGUGCCUCAAAAGGAGGAAGGAAGUGUGUUAAAAAGCGCAGAGGAGUUGUGUGUCAGUGAUCCACGGCUGUGCAGCACGGAGCUCUCCAGGUGGAGGGCUCUGGUCAACAAAAACCCCUCCAACUUCAUCAGGAUGUGCAGAGAGCUGCAGGUGUUGCCCAACAUCUGGGCGUUACACGAGUGGGGCAACUGGCUGACCCCCAAAGGCAGAUACGGUGCGACGAGGUUUGACACGGCUUUCUUCAUCUGCUGCCUGCAGGACAUCCCGCUGACCCUGCAGGACCAGGCGGAGAUAGAGCGAUUCCAGUGGUCCACACCCUCAGAUGUCCUGCAGAGCUACCAGGCUCAGGAGCUGUGGAUCGCGCCUCCACAGUUCUACGAGCUCAGCCGCCUGUGUCGCUUCCCGUCGCUGAGUGAUCUGCACGACUUCUCCUGCCGGCGAGGCACAGAGGGCUGCGAGCUGUGGCUGCCCAUUCUUCUUCUUCAAGACAACCACAGCAUAUCGCUGCUUCCAGGUGAUCAACUUUAUUCAUCGGCCUCCUCAGGGGAGGUUGAAGUUGAACAAACGUCUGGCCACCUGUUAAGUGAUUCUCAGGAUGAGUCUGCGCUGCAUCGGAUGUUGAUUUCGGAUCCUUACAGCACAACUCUACAAAUCACCAUCACGCCCAGGUUCAACCACCUGCUCCCAGUUAUGGAUCACACCUCCUCACAUGACUCAAAAAGUCAGCUUUGACCUGCUGUACAGCUCCUCUUGUUCCUGUGGACACGUGGAAGAAAAAAAAAUCUUGGAAAAAAAAUAAUUUUAUAAUGAAAAGAUUUUAUUUGGAGCAAUUAAUCUGCUUCUGAUCACUCAGGGUGUUUGAAUUGAUCAACCCUCUCAGAGAAGAAUAAAGCUUUGAGAAAUAUGGCUCGAGUCAUUAACCAUCAUUUAUCCUUUUCUCAAUAUUGUGCAAUUCAGUGUGUUUACAGAGUAUAUCAGUACAAAAUGAUUAUUUGUUCUUAAAUCUUGCUGGGUUUUCAGUAAGUUCAUCUGAAUUUCCGUCAUUUAAACUUUUGAUUACUGUCACAAUGUGCUUAUUGCUGUUUGUGUUUGAAUGUGUAAGAAACUCCUCAUUCUCCCCUUGGAUAAAUGCAGAAAAGAGGACAUUUUGUCAUCAAUAUAUUCCUUUUAGGUUGUCCAUCUUAAAAAUGAGCCUUUGAAAUGAAAAGGUUUAUUUUACCUAUAGAUUUUUGACUACUGCUGAGCAUAGUCUGGUUCAGAAGAUAAAAGACCCAUAACAUGUAUUCAGACUGACAUUUGCGUGAAAUUAACAUUAAUGGAAUUCAGUGUUAUGUCACCUGAAGUGUGUAUUGGCGUGUUUCCCUUUCAGUCAGGCGUCUGUGGUGAACACUGCGGGAUCUCCACCUUCUCUCCUUUGGGUUUCUUCCCCUCUCACUGCUGUGUUCUUCAUGGAAUUAAUCAAUGACUGAAUUAAUAAAGUAAUCCCUGUUGAAGGGGUUGUAGCCUGUGUGUGACAUUUAUGCAGGCUCCAUUUAUGACAUCUUUAAAUAUUAACCAGAUCAGCUUUAUUAUUCAUAUGUAACAUUUUAUUGAUGCUUCUUGGCCUGCUUUGAUAUGAUUUCAGCUUUGUGUGAUUGUGGUUUGUAAUGCAUGUAGUCAGUGAGCUGGAUUAAA